AUUUUAUCUAUGGUCAUAGCUGGAUUAUGUAGAAAAAGAGGGAAGUUUCAUGUGAAAUUUUGUUGAAAGGUUGUAUUGGCAACAUUGAUAGUUUUCAUACACCGUUGAACAGAAAAUAGAAAUAAAUUAAUUCGUAAGGAAUAAAAUAAUGGUCGGGCGAGCUGGUUUCCAAAGAAUUGGGGCAAAUCUACUAAGAAAUCAAUCGGGAUCCAGCACAGGUCUAACUUGGCAGGGAUGGAGGAAAUGCAUUUCUACCAGUCGAAACUCAAAAUCGACUCAAGACCCUAUUGAGAAUAAAUCGUCAACUCAGCCUCCACUAACACAACCAUUACCAGGUCUUCCAACACCAGUAUAUGCAACAUUGAAAGACCAGCACCACAUUACACAAGUAACAACCUUGAAAAAUGGACUGCAAGUUGCAUCAGAGAAUCGUUUUGGACAGUUCUGCACAGUUGGAGUUGUGAUCGAUUCAGGCUCAAGGUAUGAAGUGGCAUAUCCUAGUGGAAUUUCACACUUUCUGGAAAAACUAGCUUUCAACUCAACAACAGAGUUCCCUGACAAAGAUAAGAUUAUGCUUGAGCUAGAAAAACAUGGAGGUAUCUGUGAUUGCCAGUCCUCAAGAGACACAUUUAUAUAUGCAUCUUCAGCAGACCGCCGCGGCAUGGAUUCUGUGGUUCGGGUGCUUGGUGAGGUUAUUCUUCGGCCUCAGAUUUCUCUAAAGGAGCUGGCUGGUGCCCGCCAAGCUUUAAGCUUUGAAUUGGAAAAUUUAUACAUGCGACCAGAGCAAGAAACUAUUCUUAUGGACAUGAUUCAUGCGGCUGCAUAUCGAGACAACACAUUGGGCCUGCCAAAGAUAUGCCCAGAAGCAAAUGUGUUGACAAUUGAUCGAUCAGUGUUAUUCACAUAUUUGAAACAUCACUACACCCCAAGACGCAUGGUAGUUGCUGGAGUUGGGGUUGAACACAACGCACUGGUUGAAAGUGUACAGAAAUACUUUGUGGACAUGAAGCCAAUCUGGGAGGAAGAUACAGAUCUGGUUAUACCCACACUUAGCAUGAAAGUUGAUGACUCCGUGGCACAGUAUACUGGAGGGAUGGUACAGGAAGAGUGUACAAUUCCCCUGCAUGCCGGAAUGUCUGGGCUGCCAGAGUUGGCUCAUGUGGUGAUUGGCCUGGAAGGAUUCUCUCAUCAAGAUCAUGACUUCAUACCAAUUUGUGUUCUCAACAUGAUGAUGGGAGGAGGUGGAUCAUUCAGCGCAGGAGGCCCAGGGAAAGGCAUGUACACUCGGCUGUACACCAACGUUCUCAAUAGGCACCACUGGAUGUUCAGUGCAACAGCAUACAACCAUGCCUACUUGGAUUCUGGAUUGUUCUGCAUACAUGCAAGCGCACCUCCUGCACAUGUGAAUGAAAUGGUGGAAGUUCUCGUAAAGGAGCUAGUCAACAUGGCAGGGGUCUUAGGAGAGCCAGAAUUACAGCGAGCCAAGCGACAGCUUCAGUCCAUGCUACUAAUGAAUCUUGAGGCUCGUCCUGUUGUGUUUGAAGACAUUGCACGACAAGUACUGGCAACUGGACACAGGAAGAGGCCAGAACAUUUCAUAAAAGCAAUUGAGGAUGUAACAGCAGAAGACAUACAUCGUGUGGCAAGGCAGCUGUUGAAAUCGCAACCCUCCAUCGCAGCCAGAGGAGAUAUACAUAAACUUCCAUCUAUGGCUGAUAUUCAAGCAGGAUUACUGAAUCAUGAGGGCAAAUUGCCUGGAAGUAGGGGGAGACUCUCGCUUUUCCGAUGAACUUGUUCAUAUAAAUUUAGAAUAUGAGCUAAAUAAAUGGAAACAAGUUUCAAUGUAUAAACAUGACAGUAUACAAAAAUAAAUUCUGUUGUAUGUUCCUAGCUUAUCUAAAUAUUCUUUUGGUAUUAUGUAAUCAUCAUUGUAUACAUAAAUUCAUUUCAAAAAUAAACUGCACUCUCAAUGAAAA